AUUUCGGUAUUCUGCGCGGGAAAGGUAGUGGGCACACUGGCAGACCUAAUAAACUAAACAAAUUUUUUUUACUGAUUUGUGAAAAUCACCUCACCACCGCUGGCAAUCGGGAGCAGCCAGGUCAGCCACGAUGACGUCCCGCAACCUGACCGAGGUGUUCGUCAUCAUGCGCAACAAUGCGUCCAAGAACCGUAGUCACUACGACGAUCGGAGGGGCAGCGAUGCGGAACGCCUGUUGAAGCACUCGGUGCGGGAGGCGGAGGAGGGGCUGGAGCUGCAGGACGAUUAUGGGACACCGCCCGCCUGGCUGGACAAGUUCGAGGAGGCGCAGUACACCAUGUCUAAAAUCAAGCCGAAGCUGGACGAGCUGGGCUCUCUGCACGCCCGCCAUCUGCUGAGGCCGGCCUUCGAUGACCAGCGGGACGACGAGUGCGACAUCGAGGUGCUCAGCCAGAUCGUGUCCAAGCUGAUUACCUCCACGCACCGGCACAUCCAGUGUGUGCGCUCCAGCAUCGGCGUGGGCAGCAAGGUGGAGCAAUGCCUGACGGCCAACGCGGUGCACUGCGCCCUGCUGCAGCUGCAGGAGCUGACGGUCAAGUUCCGGGCCAGUCAGAACGCCUACCUGUUGCAGCUGAACUCCCGCGAGGAGCGCUCGCAGAAGUACUUCGACGACGGCGGUAGCGGUGUCGCCAAUGUGGAUGUCUUCACCAAUGUGGAGCUGGGCGAGAGCCAGAGCGCCGAGAACUUUGUCGACUCCUUCGACAACUUCCUGCAGCCCGCAACAGCAGCAGCAGCGGGGGGUAAAAACAACAGCAGCAGCAGCGGCUACCUGUUCGACGACGACGACGAGCAGACCAUUGACGACCACUUUCAGCGACCGCCGGCCAGCCGGAUGACCCAGCAGCAGCUGCUGCUCUUCGAGGAGGAGAACUCGCGGGUGGCGCAGCAUCGCGAGCAAGAGGUGACCAAGAUAGUGAAGUCCAUCUACGAUCUGAACGACAUAUUCAAGGACCUCGGUCACAUGGUGCAGGAGCAGGGCACCGUGCUCGAUCGCAUCGACUACAACGUGGAGCAGACGCAGACGCGCGUCUCCGAGGGACUGCGCCAGUUGCACAAGGCGGAGAUGUAUCAGCGCAAGAACCGCAAGAUGUGCGUCAUUCUGGUCCUGGCGGCGGCCACCUUCUUCAUGCUGCUGCUGCUCAUCCUGGCCAAGACCUAGUUGGCCACUACUAGUCCACGUUCACUUCUCAUUCCCGUGUUGUAUGUGUGUGUAUAUUGUAAAUGUAUAAAUACAUGUUAUAUUUAUUA